AUGCCUGACAUCAGCAAUGGUCCAGAUGAUGGCCUUUACUACCCGGUGAUUAUCAUCGGGGCUGGAAUAUCCGGCAUCGGAUGUGCGUGUCAGCUGCAACGCAAAUUGAACUUUGACCAAUACAUGAUAUUUGAGGGUAGAGACGGAUUCGGUGGGACAUGGUGGAGUCACCGCUACCCAGGGGUAGCUACUGACUCACCCUCACCACUCUACUCUUACUCUUUCGCUCCCAAGGCAAAUUGGUCGGGCCCCAAGGCGACUGGCAAGGAGAUGUACACCUACCUGCGUGCGAUUUGCGAGCAAUACAAACUUCUAGAUAGGAUCCAACUCAAUAGCGCAGUCACUGAGUUGGCAUGGGAUGCGGCUCGGAAUGAAUGGCAAGCGACGGUUAUCACUCCUAAGGCGCAAACCACUGUAAGGGCCAAAAUCGUCAUCAGCGCAGUCGGCAAGGUCGGAACUCCCGACAUGUCGAUAUUGAGAAACGUCCCAGGCAUCGAGGCUUUUCAGGGCCACAUAAUCCAUACGGCGCAGUGGGAUGACUCUGUUGCCUUGAUGGGCAAAGACAUCACGGUCGUAGGUGGGGGAUGCAGUGCCGCGCAGCUCGUGCCGCAACUGUUGCUUCCCUCGAACACGAUUGGGUCAGGAUCUGUCACCCAAAUCGUCCGCUCGCCUCAUUGGGUGACGCCGGAUCCUUACUCGGGUAAAUUGUUGGAACUAUGGAAUCUAUGCAUGCCGAUAAUCACCAGGAGCAGACUAGGCGCCCGGUUGGCGCGUCUCGUGCUUUUCAGCAUCUACGAACUUUUCCACUUCGCCUUCUAUUGGCCACAUCCCAAGGGAGGCAAGCUACAAAGAUGGCUACAACGGAGACUAACGCGUUACCUUAACCAGAGGGCUCCUGAGGAGUAUCAAAGCAUGCUCACGCCAAAAUACGCGGUCGGGUGUAAGAGACUAAUCCUCGACCCAGGCUGGUUUGACCGCCUGCAUGACCCGAGGUUUCGCCUUCAUAAUUCACCUAUGAAGCGGUUUGAGCGCGCCUCUGUGAUAAUGGACCACGGCGGCCAGGAAGUAAAAAUUCCCACUGAUGUACUCAUUCUAGCGACAGGAUACAGCCCAGGUGCAAGUCUCUUCUCGUCUAUGCGCAUCACGGGAAGAGAUGAAGCCAAUCUCCACGACCUUUGGACUGCAAGAGGAGGGCCACAAGGGUAUCUAGGCCUUGCAAUGGACCAGUUCCCCAAUCUUUUCUUCGUCUACGGGCCGAAUUCCUCGGUUGGACACACUAGUGUCAUGGCCGGUAUUGAGAACUCCAUAAAUUAUAUCUUGCAGAUUGCCGAGCCUGUACUGAAAGGUAAAGUUGCAGCCCUGGAGGUCAAGGAAGAAGCCUGCCUGCGGUGGACCAAGAAGGUUCAGCUAGCUUCGAAGGACUCUAUUUGGGCGAAGGGCGGCUGCACCAAUUGGUACAUCGAUGCAAACGGAUGGAACUCGAUGAUCUACCCAUUCUCCCAGGUCUACAAUUAUUACACUAGCAUGUCGCCAGAUUGGAACGACUGGACUGUCACUUACACAAAGCUGGGGUCUUGUCAGUCUCUGCGAACAAGAUCAAGGUUCCCGGUCUGGAUCGUGGUUAUUAUGAUGGCUUUUUUAAUCCCCAUCUACACGCAGCUCGUCCUAAAGGGUGCUGUCAGAGAGACGAUAUAA